UGAUGUCUGUCAUGGCCGCCUCCAUGGCCCGAGGAGGCGUGAAUGCGAAGGUUCUGCUGCGGGCUGCCAGGGGCACCUGGUGGAACAGGCCUGGGGGCUGUUCGGGGUCCGCGGAGGCGGCAGCGCCAACGAUAACCAGAAAAUUCCAGGGGACAGGCUCGCGCCAGACGGGAGAGGAGGAGGCCGGCGGCCCUGAGCGGCCCGGGGACGUAGUGAAUGUGGUGUUCGUAGACCGGUCAGGCCAGCGGAUCCCAGUGAGCGGCAGAGUCGGGGACAAUGUUCUCCACCUGGCCCAGCGCCACGGGGUGGACCUGGAAGGGGCGUGCGAAGCCUCCUUAGCAUGCUCCACCUGCCAUGUGUACGUGAGUGAGGACCACCUGGACCUGCUGCCGCCUCCUGAGGAGAGGGAAGAUGACAUGCUGGACAUGGCCCCCCUCCUGCAGGAGAACUCCCGGUUGGGCUGCCAGAUCGUGCUGACACGAGAGCUGGAAGGGGCGGAAUUCACCCUGCCCAAGAUCACCAGGAACUUCUACGUGGACGGCCAUGUCCCCAAGCCCCACUGACGUGGGCAGCUGGACAGGCCUGGACCGCCAUGGCGCCAGAGUGAGGACUGAAGGAAUAGUCAAGUUGCCAGCCCAGCCCAGAGCACUGAAAGGCUGGAGAGAGACGCAGGAAGCCCCCGAGAAGGCCACAGACCCUGCUUGGGAGAGAUCCCACCGCCCGGCCAGGCUCUGGUGGGGAUAGCGCCGCUACCGGGGCGGCCUCCCUCAAACCCCUGAGAAUCGGGGUACCAGGAGGGGCGGACUUAAA